UGCCCGUUGUCCGCCUGGCGUCUAAGAAGGGAAAGGUUGGUGGAGCGAGCGAGCGACGACCGAGAGAGCGAGGGGAGGGGCCCGGACCCGGUUCCGAAGACAGGCCGAGCGCAAUUCUGUGUCGACUGCUGGAGACAGUUUUGAGAGCAAGUGAGUGAGCGAGUGGGUGGGUGAGGGAGGAGUUCUAAAGGAGAGGACAGAGGAGAGGAGGAGGAGGAGUGAGGGAGCACAGUCAGUCGUGUUUGUUGGGCGGAUCUGAAGGUAUCUCGAGGCGGGGGAGGAGGAGGAAGAGAGGGCCCUUGCUCGACAUCUUCAGGUGGUGUUGUUGUUAGGGAGGCAGGGAGGGAGCGAGGAUAUAGCGUCGUAGGGAGUGGUGUGGAGUGGGUUUGGUGAACGUGAGGGCGGAGGAGGAGGGAGGAGGAGGAGUGUGGAGAGUGGAGUGUGGAGCUUCUGUUGUUGUUGGAGUUUGUGUGAGGAUGGAGGCGGCUGCUGGGAGGAGGAGCAGGAGUAGUGGCAGCGAAAAGCAGUGUGUUUGACGAUGCAAUGCGACGGCAUUGCGGCUUGGUUUGACGAUUGUGAGGAGGAAGGAGAGCGGUGAGGCUGCGUGGGUGGCUGUGUAAGCUUUGGUUUUUGCGUUUGGAGUGGCAGUGGAGUGGAGUGGAGUUGAGUGAGUGAAGGGAGUGAGGUGCCCCGAGAGGAGGGAGGGAGGGAGGAGGAGAAAGCGGAGUAGUUGCCAAACAGCGACGAAGACGAUUUGCCAUGGCCGGUCGACAGGCCAGGGGCGCCUGGCGGACAAAGGUCGUCACCUACAGGGCCAUUGUUCCUACCAUGCUCUUCUUCGUCUGCUUCACGACUGCCGCUGUGCUAUAUGGGGACCGUGUAGCUUCAACUCCGGUGGGGCUCGACAAGAGCUAUGUCUCGUCUGAUCAUCUACAUGCAUACAUUUCUCGGACUUUUCUAGCUCUGAAACCCAGGGCCGAUCCUUUGAAGGCCAAAGCAGACCAGCUAUUUAAGAUGGCAAAGGAUCAAAUUGCAACGGUGAACACUUAUGCUUCGUUCUCGCGCAAAGCCAAGCUGGACGUGAUGAAGCAGGUGCGGAUGUUUGAAGAGCAGGCAAGUAACUACACAGAGUUUCUGAACAGACCCGAGCAUCAGGCUCUACUGGAUAGUGCAGUCGUGGACAAGGAGGUGCUGAACCAAUUUGAGAAAGAUCUGAGGGACUACAUGACAACAACGAAAGAGUUGAUCAUGCACGCCAAGGAAGUCUUCGACACUCAGCUGAAGAUCCAGAAAAUGAAGGAUACCAUCUUCGCCGUCAACGACCAGCUAACCAGAGCCAAAAAGCAGGGAGCAUUUUCCAGCCUUGUCGCUGCAAAGUCCAUCCCGAAGAGUUUGCAUUGCUUGUCGAUGAGGUUGAUGCAGGAGCGCGUUGCUCAUCCGGACCUUUACACUAGAAAGCAAAAGGCACCUGCGCUUGAAGAUCCGAGUCUCUUUCACUACGCAAUUUUCUCCGACAACGUCAUUGCAGCAUCCGUUGUUGUUAACUCAGCGAUCAAGAACGCAUUGGAGCCGGAAAAGCACGUAUUCCACGUCGUCACGGACAAAAUGAAUCUAGGAGCAAUGACGGUGUGGUUUAAUAAGCGACCGCCCAAGGGAGCUCACAUAGAGGUGAAGGCCGUCGAGAACUAUAAGUUUUUGAACUCCUCUUAUGUUCCCGUGCUACGUCAGCUGGAGUCUGCCAAUUUGCAAAAGUUUUAUUUCGAGAAUGAGAUGGAGAACGCGACCAAAGACACUCCAAACAUGAAGUUCAGAAAUCCUAAGUACCUCUCCAUGCUGAAUCACUUGCGAUUUUAUUUACCGGAGAUGUACCCCAAGCUCAACAGAAUACUCUUUUUGGAUGACGAUAUCGUUGUUCAGAAAGACCUCACGGGACUGUGGGACGUUGAUAUGGAUGGAAAUGUCAAUGGCGCCGUCGAGACUUGUUUCGGUUCGUUCCAUAGAUAUGAUAAGUACUUGAACUUCUCGCACCCACUGAUCAAAGAGAAGUUCGAUCCCAAAGCCUGCGGUUGGGCAUAUGGUAUGAAUUUGUUCGACUUGGAUGCGUGGAGGAGAGAAAAGAGCACGGAGGAAUAUCAUUACUGGCAAAACCUGAAUGAAAACCGCACUCUAUGGAAGCUGGGAACUCUUCCACCGGGGCUUAUCACGUUUUACAAAACAACAAAACCGCUGGACAAGUCGUGGCACGUGCUGGGUCUAGGAUACAAUCCGAGCAUUCCGAUCGAUCAGAUCAAAAGCGCGGCGGUCAUUCAUUACAACGGGAACAUGAAACCAUGGCUUGAUCUCGCAUUCAAUCAGUAUCGGGAAUUUUGGACCAAAUAUGUAGACUAUGAAAUGGAGUUUGUGCAAAUGUGUAACUUCGGACAUUAGUGGAGGAAGUCAUCAAGUCUCGCUACUGAAUUUUACAGGUAGCAGCACCUGCACACGGUAACCAGAAGAUUGGCUCCGAUUGUCAGGUCAAUGAUUCUAGACCCUGCAUUCGUUCAUAUUAUACAUAACUUGUAGAAUCACAGCAUAGUACUACACGGAUUGAUCCGGAUCUCUUGUAACAAGUCUCAAUCUCCAUUCUUUACAGUCACAUCACAGAAGUUAGCCUGCUCUAGCUCCUCAGAGCCUCAAGUUUUGAAAAAAAAUUUCCUGGCUUCGAUAUCUUUCAUUUGGUUCGUAGUCUGUACACCUCUUGGUUGAAUGGACCAUACCGCAGUUUGUCAUAUUCCUGGUCGAGCCAUUUAUACCCCGUUUGGCUACUUGAACACCGAAGUCUGUUUGUCGUGCAAGCGAUACAGCAGAUGCAGCGAAGUAACCAGUUUGGGCGAUUUGACUUUUUGGUUUUGUGGGAUCAUAUCUGGAUUCGCCUUCAAUGGCACGGAUAUCUUACAACUCAUGUCUAGUUCAGAUUUCGCCGAUCCUGGCGGAACGCUGGGCGUUUCGUAGUAGCACACUAUAGAGGCUUUAGGCAAGCUGGGUGGACCUGAGCAAUUUAUUUGAACAACCUUUGUACCUUAGUAACAUUGGGACUUUGUUUGUGAUCAUCUUGAACCCAUGUCGAUUCGUGUUUUUGUAGUUGAAGAGGAAUGUUGGUUAGAAAGGGCUCCGGCCUUGGGAUCUUCCCUUAUGCUCGGUUCGGGGGAAAAAAACUAUGAAACUCUUUAAACAUUUUUACUGAACACGAGCUUCGCAAUGACCCCUUUC